AUGGGAAGGGAUCCUGGACUUGGGACGAGAUUCAGGCCGGAAUGGAUCGCCGUCCUUGAGAGGAGACUGUGGAGGCGCGCUACAGAGAGGAGCAGCGGAAACGCAGAGGGUACCGGCCGAGGAGGAAGCCCGAGAGACAGCCCCAAUAAAAAAAAAUUUGGGGGGCUAAAAGGGUGGUUGGCGGAGCCUAGAGGUAGAGCAGAGCCAACUCCCCGUACUCAGGCUAGGGAGCGUGAGACUGGGCAGGCUCCGUGUUAUGCGGAGCCACGUACUGUGCCGCGAGUGUUCCGGCACAGUCCUGUACGUCCUGUGCUAGCACCACGCACGUGUCGUGCAAAGGUGGGCAUGCAGCCAGGACGGAGUGUGCCGGCUCAACGCUCGUGGCCUCCAGUACCCCUCCUCGGUCCCGGAUAUCCUGCGCCAGUGCCACGUGCUGUAGCGCCAGUACGAGUGCACAGCCCUGUACGUCCUGUGCUGAUGCCUCACACAUAUUGUGUGGAGAUAGGCAUUCAGCCAGGACGGGUUGUGUCAGCUCUCUGCUCCAGACCUCCAGUCCACCUCCACAGUCCGGCCCGGCCCGUUCCGGCUCCCCGCACCAAGCCUAUGGUGCGUGUUCCCAGUCCAGCCCGGCCCGUUCCUGCUCCCCGCACCAAGCCAGUGGUGCGCGUUGACAGUCUGGCCCGGCCUGUUCCUUCUCCCCGCACCAAGCCAGUGGUGCGUGUUCCCAGUCCAGCCCGGCCUGUUCCUGUCCCUCGCACCAAGCCAGUGGUGCGCGUCGCCAGCCCGGUCCGGCCUGUUCCUGCUCCCCGCACCAAGCCAGUGGUGCGCGUCGCCAGCCCGGUCCGGCCUGUUCCUGCUCCCCGCACCAAGCCAGUGGUGCGCGUCGCCAGCCCGGUCCGGCCUGUUCCUGCUCCCCGCACCAAGCCAGUGGUGCGCGUCGCCAGCCCGGUCCGGCCUGUUCCUGCUCCCCGCACCAAGCCAGUGGUGCGCGUCGCCAGCCCGGUCCGGCCCGUUCCUGCUCCCCGCACCAAGCCAGUGGUGCGCGUCAUCAGUCCGGCACGGUCCGUGCCUGUUCCACCGGUGCCUGGUCCGGCACCGGUCAGCUGCUCCACACCGGAGCCAGAGCAAUCCGCUCCACCGAUGUCCAGUCCAGCUCCGGCCAACGGGGCCAGACCAGACCAGGGGCGCUACGGGGGGGUAGAGAGAGAGUGGUGGUCACGCCCGGAGCCGGACCCGCCUCCGAGGUGGAAUGCCCACCCGGCCCCUACCCUCUUGUGUUUGGUUGGCGCGGUCGCAGUCCGCGCCUUUGGGGGGGGGGGGUGGGGGUACUGUCACGCCCUGGCUCUGGGGACUCUUAUAUGUUGAGCCAGGGUGUGGAUUUUCUAUGUGUCAUUUUCUAUGUUUUGUUCUAGUUCAUGUAUUUCUAUGUUGGCCAGUGUGGUACCCAAUCAGAGGCAGCUGUUGCUUGUUGUCUCUGAUUGGGGACCAUACUUAGUCAGCCUGUUUGGCACUGUUCAUUGUGGGAUCUUGUUCCGGAAGGUUUGUGUUCAACCCAGGACUUCACGUAUCGUUUGUUUUGUUGUUUUGGUUCAGGUUGUGUACUUAAAAUAAAGUAUGUACGCAUAUCACGCUGCGCCUUGGUCCGCUUCAUCUAACGACGAUCGUGACACCUAUCGAUGUUACAUUGAACUGGGUGAGUCAUACAAUAUGCUGUAAUGAAAUUAAGGUCGUGCUCAUAACAAUAUAUAUUGUCCUCCCCUAUCUUAAGCGUCACAGACCGCCACUGAGUGGGAGUGAUGUCAACACAACCUGUGACAGGUCCAAUCGGCCAGACAAGCAGAGCAGGGGUACGAGAGAGAGAGAGAACUGUUCAGGAGUAUAAAGAAGGGAAAGGAGAUACCUAGUCAGCUGCACAACUGAAUACAUUCAACCCGAAUGUGUCUUCCACAUUUAGCCCAAACCCUCUGAAUCAGAGAAGUGCGGGGGGCUGCCUUAAUCAAUGUCAUCGGUGCCCGGGGAGCUGUUGUUGAGGGGGUUAAUUGCCUUGCUCAAGGGCAGAACGGCAGAUUUUUCCUCCUUUGCCGGCUCAGGGAUUCAAACAAGCAACCUUUCGGCUCAGCGUGGUCCUCUGUAGCUCAGCUGGUAGAGCACGGCGCUUGUAACGCUAAGGUAGUGGGUUCGAUCCCCGGGACCACCCAUACACAAAAAAAAAAAAAUGUAUGCACGCAUGACUGUAAGUCGCUUUGGAUAAAAGCGUCUGCUAAAUGGCAUAUUAUUAUUUAUUAUUAUUGAGAGAGAGAGUGAGAGAGAUAAGUGUUCAGGAACAGACCAGGGGUAUAAGAGAGAGCGAGAAAUGUUCAGGAACAGAGCAAAGGAGUGAGAGAGAGAGAGAUAUAGAGAGGGAGAAGUGUUCAGAAACAUUCAUAAAGGAAAGAGAUGGGCAGGAUCUGAUUUAUACUUCACAGGCUAGGACGUGUACACACACACAUGCACACACACACGCACACACGCACACACACACUGAUUUAUGUGGGAGAGUUCUAUAGAGUCCUAGACAGGAAAUAUCAGACACACAAAGGCAAACAGUAUGCAGGAAUACACAAACACACGCACACACGCACGCACACACACACACACACACACACAAAAUCACAUUCACUUCAACCACACUGCUCUAAUCCUUAAACCUGCUCAUCCUCUUAAAGCAGUAAAUACCUCCCACUCAAAUGCCUAACUCCUCCCACCUAAGCCCUCAGCCAUUGCACGGCCCCCAAAUGGCCCGAAGUCCACCUACCUCCUUCCCCUUGCCUAAUGGUACCCAAAAAAGUAAAAAAGACAAUAACUAAAGCCUUAUGCCUCCUCUUUCCCCCCCCUCCUCCUCUCCUUCCCGCCUUCCCUCCUUCCCCUCUCAUAAGGCAUCCAGUGAGAGAGUAAUUACUGUAUGUGAUUUAACAAGCCCCAGCUGUAACAACACCCUGUUUCUCCCUUCCUCUUCCUGUGUGAUUGACUACAACAAUGUCUCCAAAGUCAGUCCAACUCUCUGUCCUCCUCCACUCUCCCAUUCCAUUCAUAUUGAAAUAGAAACAGAGGCCAAUGGAUAAAUGAGUGAAUAGAAUAGCAUCAGAAAUCAUGUUUCAUUGAUAGAUUAAAUCCCCCCCUGGCACCUGCCACCGCCGUACCCCGUCCCCCGUCCCCCAGCGCACAGCGCCCGUCCACCAGCUCCCAGCGCCCAGGGGCAUCCUGUGACCCUCUGAAUGGCAGCCCUUCUUCUCAGGUCACAGCUGUGCCCCAGAACUAUGACCCAUGCCCCUUCACUAUAGCACAUGCCCAAUACCCCCCUCUGCCCAAUACCCCCCUUUUACCGAUACCCCCCUUCUGCACAAUACCCCCCUCUGUCUAA